AAGAUCAUUUUCGUGGUAAACAAUGAAUAUAACAAGAUUACACAUGACAAAGCAACUUCUUAGAUACGCAGUGCUUGUAAAAAAUGUCCAAAGAAUGAUCCCGAACAGUGAUUAUUACUCUACAAUGACUUUAGAUGCAUUUGCAAAUGAGAUAUUCGAGCGGCAUAAAACUGCCAAAUUUCAGAGAAGUGAUCUAGCCGAAGCGAAUAUACAGCGUUGUACGUAUACAAGUGAUAAAACUAACUUAUGUUCAAUGACUAGUAUAGACUUGGAGAACAAAUUUACAGAACUAAUUGGGAAAAACUGGGACAGAGAUGUAGUGGAACUUAUAAAUCAAUGUAAGGAAUGCAAGAAAUUACUGACUUAUGCUACAGUUAAGAAGCUUUUUAGACAUUACAGUAUGAAUGGGAGACCGGAGAAGGUUGCCGUAAUACAAGAAUACUGUUUGAAAGUUGAUCCUGUCUCAUAUAGAAGAAACGGAGAGUUCCUACACUAUUUAGCCAAGGCUGAAUGCAUAAAGGGCAAUUCUGACAAAGGAUUAUCAAUCCUAAAAAGUUGUUAUAAGAAAUAUGAUAGUUUAAGAAGUUUUUAUAGAAUUAUAUUUAGAGAAUUAAUUCAAGAUUCAGUAUUAAAUCGAUCGGAAGCGUCGUUAGUUAUAUUUAAGAAGUAUGUAUUACAGUUUAGUGAUGAAUGGUCUGACCACUACCCUCUGGUUUGCUUCUGGCAUAUUUGUUGGGCCAGCAAUUGGUUUUCUGACCAGAUGCUGGGCGAUGAACUUUUGGAAACAUCUGAUGUUCUUUUAAGCAUUAUUGGAGAAAAGGCAACAGCUUUCAGUAUAAUGGCCCUAAAGGACUUCAAUGAAGACGCAGUGGUCAGAUUACUGCAGACUUUACUUAAAUAUGAAAUGAUGACGGAGUAUGUAGCUGUGUUACAAGUGUUGUUCAAUUAUAAAUUAAGGAACAGAGAUAUUCGAGGCUGUACAGAGAUUAUUAGAAAUUGUGAGGUCCUUGGCGUGACCUUGCCAUCGAAUCAACAAGGGAGAUACAUCAAAAUGCUGAUCGAUGACAAAAGUCAGAAAUGGACCAAAGAGCCGACGAAAACACCCUUGAAAGACUUCAAACUCAAGUUUUAGAAUUUUUUAUACGAUUUUUGUCCAGUGUGUAUUUAUGUAAAUAGUUGUACAAAAUAAAUUAGGAGUAGUAUCGAUUGUUGUUCAUUUGUAAAAUUGUACCAUCUA